CUGAAUUUCUUUCAUACAACCAAGGGCCUGGGCCUAAGUUCUUGAUUAUUCCUUGAGUUGACGAAAGGCUUUAUCCAGCUGUCUCCAGCGCAGCCCUGCCAGGAUGACCGGACAUCAUAAUCCUUACCUGUCAGGCUAUGGACAGCACCCAAGGCGUCAUAAUACGGAGCGCAACAGAGCAGAUGCGCAACCAAGUUCCAUACAGCCACUUCAUCCUAUGAUACCUGCUGCCGCGGCAACUCGGACGUCGUCGGCUGCCAUUACUACAAGCGCUCCGCUCAUGACAGCCGAGCUGCAAUCGUCAAUGAUGUCCCUAUCCCUUACGCCCAACGCUGGAGGCGGUAACAGCAGCAUAGACAUUCUUGUGCCGGGGCAAGCACUGGGACCCAGCGGUUCACCAGCGCACGCAGAAAGCCCAACUCCCGGUUCCCACAUCCACCAGCCGGGCACAUUUAGCGGCCCGUCAUUCCCUUUUGGGGCUGCUGCAGCUCAGCCUGCACCUCCCGAGGUGGAGAUUACCAUCAGCGCUCCACAUGACGAGGACCAGGGGCCCGGCCACUUGACGGGGUCGCACCUGGAGGGCCUUACUGUCCAGCAAAUCCUGGACUUGGACAUCGACGCGCUAGCGGUGAAGAUUGACAGGCACCACAGCCAGACAAAGAAGGCCAUGCUGGACCACUUCAUGGAGACCAAGGCGCGCCUGAUGCAGGCCAAAAACGAGAUGAUAGAGGAGGAGAAGCGGGCGUGCAAUGCCCGCCUUGCCACUAAGGAGGAGGAGCUCAACCUCAUGAAGGCGGAGUUGGAGGGUACGCGUAUCAAGGCGCAGCGCACCUGGGAUACCCUAAGCCGGGCCUGUGACGCAUACGGCCAAGCCAAGGAGAACCGGCGCCGCACCAUGCUGCUCUUCCAGCUCUUCUACGGGUGGCGUGAGCAGGCCAUGGCGCUAGCGCAGCGCCGCCGCCGCAUGGAACGUGCUGAGCGCUGGAACGAGCUAGUGCACCUCAAGCGGAACGUUUUCCGAGCGUGGUUCCGCCAGACGGCUCGCGAGCACCGCGUCACUCUCAACAACCGCUACAUAGACGAGGUGGCGAACGCUAAGCGGCUGAUCCAUGAACACUACCAGGGUCAGAUCAAUGACCUCAAGCGCAUGCUGGCGGACGCGCAAGUGCAGCUGGAGCAGGAGGCUGAGGCCAGGAGUCGACUGGAGGACAACAUGAAGCGAGCUUUCAUGCGCGGCGUAUGCGCGCUGAACAUCGAGGCGAUGAACAUUAUGAAACGCGGUGCGCCCCCGGGCGGUGUGAACCCCUUCCCGACGACCGUCCCGGCCGGCGGGGAGCCGCAUGCGCCCGAGGCAGCACAAGGGAACUCCUCGGCAUCCAACGAGGCAUACGGCUCGCAGCCAGCAAACGUGCUGACACAGGCGGAUGCCAGCAACGUGGAUAUGCGCGGCUCCAUUACCUUCUCUCCCAAGCAGAUGUCAGUGGCGACAGCAGCCGCAAGCCACGGAGGCAGUUAUGGAUACAGCGCAGGCGGGGCCGGCAGCAGCGUGGUUGGGUCCGUGGCUCCAUCCUCCGGGCUGCCGGCCGGGGCUUCCACAAGCAUAACAGGUGCCGUA